AAAAACCUCCUCGGCUUUUGUUCCUCCUCCCUCUUUUCUUUUUUCUUCCUUCGGCUCCUGAGGCCUGUGGUCUCGUUGCUCAUCAGCUACCAUCGACAUUCUCCGUACAUUUGCCUCCUGUGAUUACUAGGUACUAACAGCUCAUUCGCAAGAUGGUGUUCCGAAUGUUCUGGCUCCGGACUUUCGAGGUUUGGCUCACUGCUCGGCUACUCUCCAGCCCGGCGUUUCACAGACUUGUGGGACGAGUCCAUCAAAAAGUCCAACAUCUGAGACAUGGGGUACCUCCCGAAGAAAUGGGAGGUACUCAUAGAGACAAUCAUGGACCCGGUUUGAGCAAGUUCGUCGAAUACUUUAAGGAAGAGAUCAAAGACCAGCUCAAGGGAAAACCACCGAAUAAGUUCUAAUGAUGGGCUUCGGUAUAUGGUUUCGAUCAUUCCCCAAGCUUCGUGUACGAUUAUGACUACUAUGAUACCCAAUUUAGUUUCUCUUCUUUAUUCUCUGUCUUCUGUCUUUUUCCUUUUUUUCCCCCUUGCAUUAUCGUUGUUGAUCUCAUACUUUUGGAUUUCAAACCCUUGUAUGACCGGAUAUCGAUUGGGCUGUAACUCUUCUGCACCGUGAGCUACAUCCCUCAUUCCAUCCGGAGAUCAAACGUCAACCGCUCCAUCCGCUUUGCCUAUCUGGUUCUGUCAAUGGUCUAGCUCGGCUUUGAAAGUUGGAAGCGUACAUAUC